AUGGGCUCUUCGAUGGCUAACCAAACUGCAGAAAUUAGGAACAAACGGCGCUCAACGGCCUCAUCUUCAUCUGUCGAGGCCUCAUCCCUUCAAGACGUUCAGGUCGCGGGUGCAGCAUCUCCUUCGAAAUCCGUCAAUUCAAAGGUCUCUUCAGUCUCUCUUUCCAACGUUUCAGAGCCUCCCAUCUUUCUAGAAUUUACUCAGCCAUAUAACCAAGCCGCUCCAACGCUGCUUGAGAAAGCUUCUGACAGAAAACAGAACACCCAAGAGGAUCCGGUCCCUGACACGGAAGACAUCACACCCCGCUCUGUGCGUCACACAUGCAUUGAAAUUGCCCAGCCUGAAAAAAACACGAUGACGGCGGUACCUAUUGGCAUCACGAAGACUCUGCCCCAGUUGGCUGUCAAGGGCUCCCAGGCUUCCGUCGUAAAGGAUGACAGCCGUGUGGUUGUGAGUGAGUUUCCCGUCGACGAGGACUCUACUGCCUUUGAAGACAAGGCGCUUUCUCGCAUGGACACGGCUGCUACGACCACGACCGAGGUGGCAUCUCUCACCCCCGUGACACGCACGACUACUAAUGGUAGCUCGCACCCCGAGUCGCGUGUGGCCGAGGUUGUCCACUACGUCAAGGGUUUGUUCUCCAAACUCGGCGACUACGAGGUUAAUAUGCUGCGCCAGGCCGACCUGGAGACGUAUUUGCAGUACAUUGCCGACGAGCGCCUCAUCCACAUGCCGCGCAAGGGCAGUGACUGGGAUCGUGUUCUUCGCACGGCUCAGUUCUUUGGCCUUCAAAUCUGGCGUUUUGGCGAGAAGGUCGGCAAAUUUGCACCUGAGAGCCGCGCGGCGGCCGGCUCUGCUCUCGCCAGUUGCCACCUGCUUCUUGAAAUCGGACAUUCUCAAGCAGCUGCCCUCCUCCCUGCAUUCAUGACUCUUUACGAACUUGGCUUGCUUGUCUCCCAGAUUACUCAAAUCCCUGGUAUCUUCGAUUCUACCAAGGAGAUCAAGGCCUCCAUCAGCAAGCUCUACAGCGAGCUGGUCGGCUUGGCAGGCAGCAUUUCCGUGCACUACAGAAACCACAUUUUUAAUCUCGGUCAGCAGCACCAGUCGGUUACGCUCAACCUCAACGAUCUCUUUGGUGGGGACAUUGACUCUAUCUGGGCCAGCAAGACGGCUCUGUAUGAUCGGAUCUGGUUGCAGAGCCUCGGCAAGAAACAGUAUGCCCUAUCUCUCUCCGAUCUCCGCCACCGGCUCAACCCGGAGUCGGAGGCGUUCCGGCAUGCGCUGUACGCCGAACUGGCCGAGGAUCUGGAGCGCGCUGAAGACACGUGCGAGUGGAUUAAGAGCGACCUGGUUGAGUAUCUGCAGUCGAAAGAAAAGAUUCUCGCCGUCACUGGUGCCCCGGGAUCUGGGAAGACAGUUCUUGCAGAUUGGAUUGAAGAGCGUCUCCAGCGGCCACUCAACAACGCCACGUACAGUGUCCUGCUGUACACAUUCCCUUCAGAUGACACUGAAGAUGCGGCGGUCAUGUCGUUUCUGAAGGGCGUCCUCUUCCAGCUGCUCGAACGGAGCGUCGGCAACGUGCAACUUUACGAGACCCUCGUGACGGCACUUGUCAACGAGGAAACACAUACCCGGGCCCAUGGAGGCAACCACAAGCACUCAGACUUUGAGCUUGCACUGUGGAAGGCGCUGCAUAUCGGCCUCAACACGUUUAAGAAGAGUGACGAGCCGAUUGUGCUUCUCAUCGACGGAUUUGAGCAGGCCGCAGGCGGCGCCCCCUCUGCCAUUGCUGCAUUCUUCAAGCUGCUGCAGGACUAUGUGUUCUCUGUCAAGAACGUUCGCACCAUCACAUUCUCUCGUUACGAGCACAAACUUAGCAGCGGCAUUCGUCAUGUCGCCCUUUCCGAACAGGAUGUAGCACACGACAUCCGAAGCUUCUUGCGCCAGACGUUCUCGCGAUCCGUGCUCUUCAUGGAACUACCUCCAGCUCAGCGCGAGAAGAUCAUCGAUGGUUUGUCGGCCAAGUCCAAGGGCGUUUUCCUCUGGGCUCGUCUUGCUGGCAACUUCUUGCUUACGUACCACGGAUCUGCCAUCACACCUGACUACCACGGGUAUCACAAGCACGACCACAAGCACGACCGCAAUACAGCCGCUGGGUUCGUGACAGCUUCUGAAUCCAUCAGUGCAGACGUUGAUGACGUGCUCCUUGCAAUGGAAUCGAAGCUCGAUCUCAAGGGCGACCACCAGCUCCGUGACUUGCUCUCCUUCCUGCUUGUGUCAGAUGCACCACUCGAGACGGACGACCUCUCUGCUAUUUUGGCCGUCGACGUUCACAACAAGACUAUCCACAAGCCUGUUAGCAUUGGUCAGCUCGUCGCGCGGACCGUUCCUGACCUCGUCCUCGUUCGCGACGGACGCGUGCGCUUCAAGAGCAACAUCAUUCGCGCCCACCUGCACAAGCAGCUUGGCAAGUCGCUUCCUGCCGUGAAGGAGGCCCACCAUCAGCUCACGUUGCGUCUUCUUCUCUACACCAAGCUGUCGGUGCACUCCAGCCUGUUCAACGACCCCACGAUUGACGUGAUUGAUGAGGCAACUGUGCAGCGUCUCUUCCAAAACCAUCGUCUGCUGUCCUUCGUCAUGUCCCACUGGAUGUACCAUUUCCGCGCCUCGUCCCAGUACCUCCACGGCAGUGGCCAUGACCUGGCCCUGUCCAAAGAUUUCAAGGCUGUCUUUCCCGAUUCCGUCGUCUUUGCGCUGCUCGAGCGUCACGCAUGGGCAUCGACAACGGACCUCGUGGCUCGCCUCACCCUGACUCUGCGGAUCCGGGAGGCUAUUUUUACCGAGAAGCAUAUUUGUGUGCUGCAGAGUUUGAUUGUUCUCGGUCAUGUCCACCGCCAUCACUCGCACGCCGUGGACAGCUCACGCUACUUUUACCGCGCUGCCAUUCUUGGUCAACAGGUGCUCUCGCGCUUCAGUGCCCUUGUCGUCGCUUGCACCGACCUUUUCCUCCUGAUUACGGAGUCGAUCAAGUUCACCACGCGCACGGAAAUUGUCUCGUACCGGGAGACCCUCAUUCGCUACAAGAUUGAAGUCUCAAAUGAGCGCUUUGGCUCCCACAGCAAGGCGGUACUUGAGUGGUACGAAAAGCUGGCUGCCCUCUACGUGUCCAUCAAGGAGGAGGACAUGGUCGUCAUCAUCUACCGCGAGAUUUACGAGAUCAUUGUCGCUCGCGAUGGCAAGGGUUCCCAGGAGGCUUCCAAGUUUAAGAAGUUCUUUGGCGGCUUGGAUGUCACCCUCAGCGACGGCGAGGAGAAGAAGCCAGUCGACGGCUACGGCAAACUUCUUCUGGAGACGGCCGAGGACCUCGAGGUCACCGAUGUCCUGCUGUAUAUCUCCAUCAUGCUGCGCGUGGCUUUGUCCUACGAGGCGGAUAAGAAGUGGCACUGGGCUGAGCGCAUCUACAUCAGCUUGUGGCGCAAGGUGUCCGUCUUGUCCCGCACGGUCGUGACUACCGACGUGCAUACGGCAAAGAUCAAGGUGGCCAUGGCGUACAUUACGUACUUGCGCUCCGUCAAGCGUGUCGAGGAGGCGUCGAACAUCCUCAUAGUCCUGUGGACCGAGUACGAGAACUAUAAUUUCGAGACGCAGGAGCUGGUCCUUUACCUGCGCGAGAUUGGUGUGUUGUUCCGCGUCUUUGGCAUGACGGCCAUCGCCGGCCACAUCUUCGGCAAGGUCUGGGGCUGGUUCAAAAAACAUGGCAAGGACAAUGACGCCGAGGCAGGCAAGACCAUUGUGCUCAUUACCGAAGCGGUCAAGGAGAUCACAACGACGACCGCCACGAGGAAGACAACGGCGACGACCACGACAGAGACGACUGAGACCGUCGUUCGUGACAUUUACGUGACACACUACGAACGCUGCCGCAAUACUGGGGUGGACAAGACCUUUUUCGCGGCGACUCUGUCUCUCAUCGACAUUCUCAUUGCCGCCGGGGAGUGGGAUGAAUCGGAGGUGAUCAUUCGUCAGUCGCUUGAGAUCAGUUGGAAAGCCAUCCUCACGGCUAGUGCCAAGAUGACGCUCUCAGAGCACUUCAUCAAAGAGUCCGUCAUCUUGGCAAAGCGUCUCGCAGUCUGCCACAAACACCAACAUCAAUUCGACUUGGCGGAGCAGAUCUACCUGCGGAUCUACUAUGCUGCUCUCGGCUCUCUCACGUUUGAUGACGAGCUGUUCCUUGAGGCGUUGGCUGGCCUUAUUGGGUUCUACGAGGAGUACCACCGCCACGACAAGGUCAUUGAGAUUUAUGUGGAACUGGUCGACAAGUACCGCAAGAAGUGCGGCGCCGCGCACCGUCUGACCAUCCAGGCCCUUUACAAGCUGGCUGCGCAAUAUGAGAUUCUUGGCCGCAAGGAGGCGUACGCCUGCUAUAUUGAGAUCGUGACGACCCUCAACAAAGGCCUCAAGCACUGUCACCAGGAUGCCUUCAAGGCCGCCGUCAUUCUUGUUUCCUUCUACCACAUCGAGAAGCGCUGGGCGGAGCUGCAGACCAUUUGCGCCGUACUCUGGGAGACGUUUGUGCAUCACCGUCAUGAGCACUCGUAUGCGUUUACGGAGGAUGUUGUUGUUCUGAUCUACGAGAAGUACAUGUACACGCUUGAGUACCAUGCCAAGGUCGACAUCCAGAUCCUCUACGAGAUAUCCAUCAAGUACCGCGAGACGGUGACCAAGGUCUUUGGUGCUUCAGCACACAUUUUCCUUCUUGCACAGCUCUCCCUCGCCCACAUUUGUGAGCGCUCUGAAAAGCACCAGCACGAGGCGGUCACCAUCUACGAGGAGAUCAUCACGAAGACAAAGUCGACCAAGACCACGACCGCGGUCGAGACCGAGACAUCCAUCAAGACUGUGACCAAGCGUCUGUCGACACUGUACACGACCAUCAUCCGCACGGGCGGCAAGGGCAGCAAGUCUGGUGGCCCUGGAAAGGAUGUGGGCAUCAGCAUCGACCGUGCAAUUGUGCUCUCUCUCGAGGCCUUUGCACUCUACAAGAUUGAGUUCGGCAUCUGGCAUGCGAAGACGCUGGCGGUUCUCUCGGAUAUUGUCUUCCUGCACCAAAAGGCCAACACCAAGGAGUCGCACAGCAAGAUCGUCCAAAUCUUGCAAACGACUGUCAUUGAGAUCCUGACCACCCUCACAGUCUCUGCCCAGUUGUUCGAAGCGGCGACCACUCUGGCCUCCAUUUACAUCAAAGCUGGCCUGGUCGGGCAGGCUGAGUCGCUGCUGCACCAGUUGCGCUACCUCCUGGUCUUUGGCGAGGUCCUUCCUGCCGGCAUUUCGGUCAAACUGGAGUUCAAGCUGAACCACAAGGUCAACAGCCGUGUCGUGUUCCUCUUUGUGGCGGCAUUUGAGCGUCAUAUCCGUGGCCACAACCAAAAACAAACGGGGCCCGCCAUUACGUUCUCAGAACUCCUGUCAUCGCUCCUGUACGAGGUCCUUCUUUACGAGGACUACCGCGCCAUUGUUGACAGCAAGGAUGUCCGCAUCGAGGAGAUUCUCUUGUCGGGUGCUCGGCUUCGCGGCUUCUGGGCCGAGGAGGCUCGAUCGGAGCUUCUGGUCGUCCUCGACACACGGCUUUUCCCUCUCUUCAAGGCUCGGUACGCCGACUAUGCCAAAGUCACCUCGAACCAGCACACGGGGCUCUUCUACCUUGCUCUUCUCGCCGAACUGAACCGCGAUAAGGCCGAUGCCAGCUACGCUGUACUGUCCUGCCGCGCUGGCAACCACAAGGUCGGCGAACUGCUCGAGGCGGCCCUAUUUGAAAGUGCACUCGAGGUCGCUCGCUUUGCCUUUGCCUUUGCGUCCAAGCAAGGCUUCUACAAGAGCAACGGCGCACGCAUUGCAUACGGCUACAAGCUGGCAGAGCUGCUGGCCGGCAUUGAUGUCCGGGCACCCCCCGCCGAUACGCCCCUGCGUGCGAGUCUCUUGUCGCUCUCCCGCGAGGUAACCGCCGGUGUCUUUGCCGUGCUGGCCGAGGAGAAGAUCGACCUGGCCACACUCGAAGUGGCCGACGUCACUGGUCUGGUGCGACUCCUGGGUGCCCAGGGCGACUUCGCACGCCUGGAGACACUGCUGCUGCACCUGUGGCAGUCGCGCGAGGUCCGCCGCAGCUGGAAGCCGGCGACAGUCAUGUCCAUUGGCUUCGCCCUAGUGCACGCCUACGCCGGCCAGAAGCAGCAUAAGCUGGACCGCGCCAUUGACCUCGCCGAUGUGCUCUGGUUCAAUCUGGUGCGCAGCCGUGGCUGGCUCGACCGCGACGCCGUCGCCGCCGGCCAGCUGCUUGCCAGCCUGUAUUUUGAGGCGGGCCGUGCCGCCGACGCCAUGAAGGUCUACGAGCGCGUGCUGCACCAGAUUGAGGCGGCGGCCGGCAAGAAGGGCGGAGGUGCCCUCGCAGCCAUUACCAACGGCAAGCUGGGCGGUGCAGCUUCGGCGGUUGCUGGCGCCGCCGGCCACACCGAGGACGCCGAGGGCAAUACCGCGCUGCUGGGCCUCCACGCCCGCCAGCACCUGAACCUGUUGGUGGCGGCUCAUGCUCGCCUCGGCCGCUGGGUCAAGCCCAAGAAGGAGUACCACGAUCUGUACGAGCACCUGCGUGACAGUCUCGGGCUCAGGGCCCAGCUCCCGGCCACAUUUGACAAGUGGGCGGCGACGGCGGCCAAUGCCGCGACGGACAAGUCAGCGCUGCCCGGUGGAUAUGUGGCGCCCAAGGACUGGACCAUUUCGGCGGGUGAGACGUUGGCCCGCGCAGGCUGA